CGGGAGCUUGUGCCGCGAGGAGCCGGUGGGCGACCGGGCGUCCCUGCAGCCAGCGAGCAGGAGGAGGAGCCGCCGCCGCGCCAGGGGCAGCCGGGGGAGCCGAGGAGUGCGCCCCAGGUGGUUGCCCCCUCCCUCUCCUGAGAUGUCAGGAAGGAGGGGGCCACCUGCGUCCCCCACAGGGGCCCCCCGGAGCCUGGGGGCCCCCAACCCCGGAGCUCGGAGGCGGAGGAGGUGCUGACAGGUGCUCAGCGAGAUGCUCCCCCACCCCUCAGGCUCCCUCCCCAUCCUCCUACUUUUCCUCCUCCCCAGUGUCGCAAUGGAGCCCCACGCCUCACCCUCACCCCUGCCCCCAUUUCCAGUCCCCGAGUGGGACCUCUUGUCCCCCCGAGUAGCCCUGUCCAGGGGUACCCCCGCUGGGCCCCCUCUGCUCUUCCUGCUGGAGGCUGGAGCCUUUGGGGAGCCAACUGGCAGCCCGGCCAACCGCAGUCGGCGGGGGGUGAGUGAGACAGCACCAGCGAGUCGCCGCGGAGAGCUGGCUGUGUGUGACGCAGUCAGCGGCUGGGUGACAGACCGCCGGACUGCUGUGGACCUGCGUGGGCGCGAGGUGGAGGUGCUGGGCGAGGUGCCUGCGGCUGGCGGCAGUCCCCUUCGCCAGUACUUCUUUGAAACCCGCUGCAAGGCUGACAGCGCUGGGGAAGGUGGCCCCGGUGGGGGUGGAGGAGGCUGCCGGGGUGUGGACCGGAGGCACUGGGUGUCUGAGUGUAAGGCCAAGCAGUCCUACGUGCGGGCAUUGACUACCGAUGCCCAGGGCCGUGUGGGCUGGCGAUGGAUUCGAAUUGACACUGCCUGUGUCUGCACGCUCCUCAGCCGGAAUGGCCGGGCCUGAGGCCCAUGCCUGGGAACUGGGCAGGUAGAGGAAGAAGAGAGCUGGAUGCUGAAAGACCUCAGGGGUGGCCUGGCUGCUCUAGGCCUCAGUUUGGGAACUCGUCAAAUGGUCACAAAAAUCACAGCUCUCCGAUUUUGAGAGCUCCAUCUGGGCAAGAAAGACAGAUGGUGAAACCAAAUGGGGGUUUUGAAGGAUGAAUAGGAGUUCUCUUGGAUGAACUUGAGGGUAAUAAUGAUGAUGAUGAUGAUAGCCAAUAUUUUCUGAGUGCCUACUGUUUAUGAGCUCUAAUACACAACUUGUCAGAUCA